UUGCGAGAUGGCAAAAAAAUCACGAUGAGCUACAAUGGAAAAUCUUCAUACACUGUCUACGAUGAACUACAUCUUACCAGAAAACUUAGCGAUGCAGUCAUCAGGGUUGACAGUGUCGAAUUUUGUAUCCAUAAGAUCAUCCUUUGCAAGUGCAGCCAGUACUUCAGAGCUCUCUUUCUGCGUUGGUCAACCCCAGACCAGACGGUCUACGUCAUACAAGGUCUUACCCCUCACUUAAUGCAGCUCUUUGUGGAGUUUGCAUAUGCAGGCUCUGUCUCAGUGACGGAGGACAAUGUGAAGGACUUGUUGCUAGCAGCUGACAGGUUUAAUGUGAUAGGCAUUGUUGAAACCUGCUGCACAUUUCUAACAAGGCAGCUCUGCCCAGAGAACUGCAUCGGCAUCUGGCAGUUCACAAAGAACUGUUACACCCCAGAGCUGCAGCUCAAGGCUUAUCAAUAUAUCCUUUACCACUUUGAGGAAGUUGCAACCUCUCAUGAGCUGCGACAACUCUCUAUGCAGGACUUCGGUGACAUCCUUGACAGAGAUGACCUUAUAGUGAAAAAGGAAAACACUGUUUUUGAGGCCAUCCUCCACUGGAUUGCACACGCGCCAGGGGAGCGUAGCGGAAACUUUGCAGUGCUCCUGGCCAAAGUGCGUCUCGCACUGACAAGUGUAGAAUUCAUCGCCAUCAAUGUGUUGACCAACCAUCUGGUGCAGAACAGCAGCAAGUGCCUGGACAUGGUUGCUUUUGCGACCCGGGUGAUGUGUCACAUGGCAACAAACUCUGUGUGCGGAUACCGCAACCCUGUGGCCCGUCCUCGCCUACCUUCUGCCAUCUUACUGGCGAUUGGUGGCUUUAGUGGGCCCAAUCCAACACACCGCAUUGAGGCCUAUGACGUGCAUGCCAACUGUUGGGACUACCUGGUAGACAGUAUGGAGCAGCCCCAUGCUUACUUUGGUACCGCCUUUCUCAACGACUCCAUCUACUGUGUGGGUGGCUUUGAUGGCAGGAAGCAUUACAACACUGUCAGCCGCUUUGACGUCAGAUCACGCACCUGGCAUGAAGUGGCGCCUAUGCACUAUCGUCGCUGCUCUGUGAGCGUGACUGUGCUAAACGGAUCCAUCUACGCAAUAGGGGGUGUUGACGGACGUGUGAGGUUAAAGACUGCAGAAUGCUACACACCUGAGACCAACCAGUGGAGUCUUACUGCCAGCAUGCAUGAGCAGAGAAGUGAUGCAAGCUGCACAGCUCUCAACAACAAGGUUUACAUUUGUGGUGGUUUUAAUGGAAACGAGCCCUUGCGAACAGCAGAGUACUACAGCCCAGAGACCAACGAGUGGACCAUGAUUGUCCCCAUGAACAGCUGUCGCAGUGGCAUUGGAGUCAUCGCGUAUGCUAACCGCGUUUAUGCAGUUGGAGGCUUUGAUGGCGACAUACAUUUGUGCAGCGCUGAGGCCUAUAAUCCGCAGACGGACACAUGGAUUGUAUUACCUUCUAUGCAAUGCCCCAGAAGUAACUUUGGCAUUGAAGUCGUUGAGGAUCGCGUCUUUGUUGCAGGGGGUUAUACUGGUGUCUCGGCAACCAAACUUGUCGAGUACUAUGAUGCUUCAGCCGAUAUGUGGUUUCCGGCCUGUGACAUGGGGAUCUCUCGCGGCGCUUUGAGCUGCUGUGUGAUGUCUGGACUACCCAAUAUAGCCCAUUAUGUGACGCUCCGCAGUGAGCUACCUUUGCUACACUUGGAAGAAGUUACACUGGAAAUGGAGGACGAGUUCUUGAACCUGGACUAAUGCCUUCAUUCGCCAACUGCAAUGAAAAAACUGA